GCCUUCAGCAACACAGUAAAGAGGAGUAUGCAGCCUUCUUGUGGUCGAUUGUGAUAUUGUAAAGCAUUCACGAUUUUAUUUCUUCCAUUAAGAUAUAUCAGAAGUAGUUAGAUAACGUAUUAACAUGAUAUUCACUUAAAUCACACAUCAGAAAAAAAGAGAUUUCGUGAUUGAACGAGACAAAAUAUGAAUUUUGAUAAAGAAAAUGGUUGAAUACUACUAAAGGGUAAUUUUUAACCGUAACUGCCUGCUAUCAAAAUGUGAUUUAAAUCCGUUUUAUAUGCGUAAUUUUAAAAAAUUUCGAGCCCCGAAUCAAAAUUAAACUUCAUCAAGAUCAAGAUUGAUAUGAAGUAUUUCGGGGCUGCUUUACUCACGCUUUGUCAGGUGAUUUGUUACACCAUGUGCCAGAAGUGUCCAACGGAAUGUAGAUGCGUGUGGAAGGACGGAAAGAGAGCCGUGGAUUGUGCUAAUAGUGGCAUUGUAGGCUUUCCAAAAGAUCUACAAAGGUCCUUUGGCAAUAUAGAGACCAACAUACAAAUUCUCUACUUCACGGGGAAUUUUUUAAAAAUCCUACCCAGCAGAAUUUUUCAACGAUUGGGCAUGAUCAAUUUACAAAAGAUAUACUUACAGAAGUGUGCCAUUGAAGAAAUAGCCGACGAUUCCUUUUAUCAAGUGGCAAAUCUUAUCGAAAUGGACUUAAGUUACAAUUUUUUAACAUGGGUGCCAAGCGCAAUAUUUAAAGACACUCCGAUACUGAGAAGACUUCUACUCAGCCACAACCCCAUACAGCGUUUGGACAAUGGCAGCUUCGACGGUUUAUCACAUCUCACUACUUUAGAACUGAGUAAUUGCCACAUACAAUCAGUAGAUGUCGACGCCUUUCGGGGUCUACAUAAAUUAGAGUAUCUGAAACUCGAUGGAAAUCGUUUAGAAAUCAUUACUAAAGAUGUCAUACGUGAUCUCCCUCCAUUGCACGCUUUGGAUCUGCAUAGAAACUCUUGGACGUGUGAUUGUCGCGUUGGAGAAGUACGUUUGUGGAUGGUUGAGCGUAAUGUGCCUUUCAGCGAUCCACCGAGAUGCGAAAGACCCCCAAGACUACGCGGCCUCUUUUGGGAUGUUUUAGAUCUCAACGAUUUAGCGUGCCCUCCGGAAGCUGAAAGCGUACAAAAAGAAUUAAUCGUAACAGAACGGCAAGAUGCCAUUCUGAAAUGUAAAAUACGCGCAUCUCCAGAAGGUAUCGUGCGAUGGAUUUGGCGCGGAAGACCAAUAGCCAAUCUCUCUUUAAUGUCGUUCGGUAGGCAAAUGUAUCUCAUAAGAGAGAUCGGUAACACGGAGAAGACGACUCUUUUAACGAUUUUCAACGUCAUGUUAAAAGAUAGCGGGGUAUACACGUGCUUUACAUCAAAUCCAGCCGGUAACGCGUCUUCUGAAAUCACCCUCACGGUUCUUCCUCUAAUACUGCACAACAGUAGUCUCACUGCCGGUGAAAUAUGUGCCAUUAUUAUAGGAUCUCUGAUAGUCAUCGUGUUAACAAUAGCUUUAUUCCUUGUAAUUUUUCAUCACAGAUUAAAAUUUCCAACUAGGGAAGAGAAGUUACUCAUAUUACCCAAACCUAUCGCUAAUUUAUUCACCUUUCGCUACAGCACACCCUUCGGCAGGAACCAUAAUAGCAAUUCCACUCAGAAACCUAAUAGAGUACAAGAAUCAAUCAAACCGAUAACAGACGUGUUAGAAAACUCCAUCGACGACCAAACAGAUUUAUCAUUAACUACUACGCCCAACGUUGUUGUUAUCGAACAGAAUCAAAUACUGCGUAACGAGAACGACAAGAUGAUCAAUUCCGGUUCACUCGACUCUACAAAUCUUAAUGAUGUUGAUAUGAACUCGCAACAUCGUCAGGUAUACGAAAACACCGAGCAACGUCCACAAAAACACGAAGUAGUAGUCGCAGUAGAUCAGGUACAUCACGCUGUAUCCAACGCAGCAGCUAGAGAUUCUCCCGAUGAAGGAUUAGGAGACGAGAGAGAAUACGAUACAGAAACUAUUGACUGAUUUUAUUUCUCCAAGAAGAAAAAGAAUAAAUAUAUCAAAACAAAAAUCAAUUUUUUUCCUAUAAUCGAUAUUUGUGUCAUCUCUGUCUAUCGUCGAUGUGUCGGGUUUAAUUUUGCACAGUGUUUAGUUACGCAGCCGUAUUAUGUAUAGUAUAUACCUUUAAAAGAAAAGGAUCGAAAUUCUUACGUGUGUAAUGCAGUUAUAUCAAUAUUGAACCAGUUCUUACAAUGCAAACAUCACAGUUUGGUAUGAAACAAAAACUUCACAAAGUUGGGAUUUACGUUUUCAACUGUAUAAUGUUGUUAGCUCCUGUUUUUAAGCUCUUGCAUAAAUAAAUAUUUAAUGAGUAAAAAUAAUUUAUUCAUUAGAAUUUAUGAGAAAUUUUUAAAAAAAUUGACUGUUAUUUUGAUAAUAUCAUCACGUGAUAUUAAUUUAAUAAUCAUUACGUGAUUAUUAAUCAAAGCAAUUUUGAGAGGACACGUCAGAAUUUCGAAACUAUAAAUAUUUUUAUAUAUUAUUAAUUCGUUUAAUUGUUUCCCUAUAUAAAAAGACAGAAAAAUACUCGAAAAUACGGCUCAAGAAAUGAAUUUUUCCCUAUAUUCUUAACACAAUACACAUCUCCUUCACGUAAUAAUAAUAGAGUUUUCAGUAAGCAAAACUGGAAAAAGAAAUAUAUAUAUAUAUAUGUAUAUUCAAUUAUCUGUCGAUAAUAAAUGCCCAAACUUAUUAUAAAUUAUUAUAAAUAGGACCUGAGUUAAUGUAAUUAUUAUAAACAAUGUAUAAUAACUGUUAAACACGAGUUGUUUCUAAGUCUUGAGUGGUAGCAUACUGUUGCAGUAUUAUGUUAUUGUAUCUAAAAAAGAAGA